AUGUGGCCAAAUGUCCACGCCUCGCUCGUGCCUUCCCAGUGUGAACGAGGGUUAGACGCUGUUCCACUUGUCAGCGGCGGUAACAAGAUGCCGCUCGACUUGGCACCUCUGGAAAUGUCAGGCCGAGAGCGGGGCCCGGGCCUGGCUCAGCUGCUGCCUUUCCAAACGCCACACGCCACGCCUCCCAGCCACGCCGUAGUGAAGCAGACAGGCCGCGUGUGCCCAGCUCCCCAGCAGUGGUGCGAGCGUGUUAUCUGCAGACACGGAGCUGCACUCUCAGGUCCCUACUGCAGACAACUGGGUGAAUGA